CAUGUAAAGUAUUUCAAUCUGACUCACAUCGAUCGCGCCCAUAUGGUUUCUACUGCACUAGGGGAAACAUAGGAACUGCGGCGGCAAACAGCUGCAAUCGAUGUUCCGGAGCAGAUCGAAAUCUCGACCCAAUUAGACUGUCAAAUGCACUAGUUCAUUUGAAUGCUCUGCUGGCUCGGUCAGUCAGUGCUAUGGUGAUGAGCUAACCUACUUUUCCAACGGUCUUCUGUGCAGUGUCACCGUCGUCGUCGUCUUCGUCGAUCGAACCGAGCCGAUUUUGAGACUCCAUUCAAACACGCAUUUCUACCAACGAUGGUAAGCUGUUGGCGUGUGCGUGUGCGGUCACUUCACGUAUGGUGAAUUUCAAUUACUGUACCGCCGCCCGUCCUGUCCGUAGGAAUCUCGAAGGCGACAAAGUGCAAAUUUAUGUUAAACCUUUGGUGCGAGAGCUACCCAUAGUUCUUCCCAGUACCAGAUGAUCGAACCACAACCAAUAACAACAACAACAACAACAUCGUCGCAAACGUUUCAACAAAUCACUGCAAGACAGCCGAAAGACCGGGUAAUCCUUGGAUCAGUUCUUGGUGGUUUGGACCGCUUUUUAUCAGAACACCCCUCCGCCUCGACACUACCGGACGGCACCGGAACUAGCGGUGGACCAGCAUCGACUUCCGCCGCCGUUGCUCGCGUCCCUUCUGCCCUCGAGGACAGCUGGUUCUGGGACCCGGAGCAAAAUGUAUCCUCGACUUCAUCAUCGUCGAAGAAGGACGACGAUAAUGAUUCGCCACGCUCGGGCACUGACCUGACCACGAUUCCACUGGAAGCUCCCGCUUCCGAGGGGGAAAUCAUUGAGCGGCUGCACCGGCAGCUUAGCGAGCGAAAUCAGCAGCUGAAGAAGCAACAGCUAGAAAAUGCACUACUCGGCGAAAAGUUGACGCAGGUGAGCGGUGAAAACCGGGAGCUAAACGAGAACAUCGAUGAAUUGGAUCGACAGCAUGAGCUAGUGGUGGAGAAUUUACUGGGGGUCAAAAAGGGACUGCAGGAGAAGUGUCACCAGUUGGAAGAGGAACUGCGCGUCAAGCAGGGAGAAGCGAGUGUGGUGAAGGAUUUGGAUGAUUUGAGGGGUGAAUACAAGAUACUGGAACAGAACUAUGAAGGCUCGUGCCAGGAAAAUGUUCGGUUGAAAACUGAACUGGAAAGGUUGAUCGUGGAGAAUAUUGACACCGUGGCUGAGUUGGAGAUUGAGAUUGCAGAACUCAAAAAAAAUCUGGAGUAUUCUAAUGAAGCAGAACACCGGCUUAAUGAAUUAACGGAGUGUAGAGCUAAACUAGAAGAGCAGUUGAUGACACUAAACGAUGAGAAUGACCAAAUUCGUAGACAACUCAAAGAAAUGGAAGCUAAAUGUGUCGGGUACGAUGAUAUUAAAGCAAAUUAUGAACAUCUGCUGGCUGAACAAAAAGAGGUUCCUGUACAACAUACGGAUCAGGCAUAUGUUGAGGACCUCCGACGAAGAUACGAGGAAUUAUCAGCUGAAGUUGAACGAUGGAAAACCGAUUGUGAUCGGCUACAGGAGGAUAAUUUGACCCUUCAGAAAAGUGAGAAACAACUUCAAACAAAACUAAGCGAAACGGAGGACCAGCUAAAGCAACGAUUGUCAGACGAAUCGCGAGUCGAACAGUUGCAACGAGAGGUUAGUGAGCUACAGAACGAGCUGCGAAGUAUUAUUAUCGACAAUUCUGUACAGUUAGAUGCGAAAGAAAAGGAAUGGCAGGAGAAGCUUAAUUUUGUUAAAGCGGAGAAUUCUCGUAUUCAGCACAGCAAAGACACCCUGGAGGCUGAUUUGAUGCAGUAUGAGAAAGAGUGUUCAAAUCUUAUGAAAAACAACGACCUACUGAUUGCUGAAAUCGAUAACCUAAAGUGUAAAAAGCUGGAAACAAUCAACGAAAACGCCGAAGACAGUAUCGUGAUUCUGGAGAAACAGCUGGAGGAUUGUAGCAUGUUGAACAAGAGUCUAGAAGACGAGUACCAGGAUGUGAACAAAAAGCUUGAGGAAGUACUGGAGGAACGAGAAGAAUUAGAAUCAAAGGUGGAAUCCCUCCAGAAGGUGUCGGAGGAAAAAACUCAAUCUAUCAAAGAUCUUCGGUUGAGGAUAGAAACACUAGAAAAUGAGAAAUCCAAUCUAACUUUUGAGAUUACUGAGGCACAAACCAAGCCUACAGAGCAGGAAACAAACAAAGAGAUCGAGGUACACAAAGCACAUGCGGAAAGUUUGCAAGCUCAGUUGACGGCCAUCAACGAAGAUCACGCAAAUCUUGUGUUGAAAUUACAGCAGCAGCAGCAAACGUCGGUAGAAAACGUAAAGAAAUUGGAAGCAAAGAUUUUAGAACUUGAAAGCUCUCUGAAAGUGAGCGAAUCCGAGAUCAAGCAACUGCAGGAAGAGUUGCAACAGAAAACAGAAGAACUGUUGAAUUUGGAAGCAAUGAAUGAAGCAGCAGCAGAAAAAAACUUGCAAGUACUGCAAGCUCGGUUGGAAGCUGAAUCGCUAAAAUUAACAGCGUUGGCCGUCGAAAAGGAUGAGAUUGAAAAACAGCUGAACGAAGCAAAUAUUUUGCUGAAUCAGUCACGAACGGAAUACGAGCAACUUAACCAGACUAGCACUGCCAAAUUGGCAGAACAAACCGCCAACAUCGACUCGCUGACCCAGCAGAAGGACAAUCUUGUUCAGUUGAUCACCGUCAAACACAACGAAAGCGUCCAAUAUCAUACCGAGAUUCAACGCUUGAGGCACCUGCUACAAACGGAAUUAACCCACAAAACUGAACCCGACCCACCCGCUGCAUGCCAAGAGUGUCCGGUUCUUCGUGAACAACUGAGCUCUUUGGAAGCGAACACCAGGAAGCUGGAAGACUUCGAACGGAUGGCCGACCAGGUACAGUUUCUUCGGGAGAAAUCCGAAAUCCUCACCAACAAUCUACUGAUCGAACAGAGCAACCAGAAGCUACUUCAGCAGGAGAAGCAUGACCUGGCGGAGCAAAACAGCGGUCUAGCUAAGGACCUGGAACGGUUGAGGCAUCAUCUGUUGGAGAUCGAGGAGGCACACACACAGGAGACGGUUGAGCUGCAGCAGCGAUACGACGAAACGCGAGGGAAACUACAGGCGCUCGAGGAGGAUGUGAAGAAGUCGACCAAUGUGAUGACAUCUGCGAGCAUUCGCGCCAAUCAGCACGCCGAAACACUGCAGACGCAGUAUCACCUCCUACAACAGCAACGUGAUGAGCUGGUCGCAAAGCUGAACGCCGCCGACGAUCGCGACCAGAAGAAUUUAGCUUCGCUGACUAAUCUGCAGUGUGCUCUGGAGCAGUUCCAAAUUAACAAAGAUCGAGACAUUGAGCUUGCCACGACUACAAUCCGGAAGGAGCUGGAACAGUGCCAUGCACAGGAAGCAAGUCUCAAAACUGAUAUCCGACAACUUCAGCAACAAUUAGCAGAUGCCAAGAAUGGAUUACUGGCCGCAGCUAGGAUUUCCGAUCAGUUGGAAAUUGCUCAAGUCACCGUGGCGACGUUGAAAGAUGAGUUGGUGAAGAACAACGAAAAAUAUCAAGUCCUCGAAAGGCGCCUCCAAGACACGGAAGCUAGUCAAGCGGAUAAAGUAGAAAAGACUCUGGUGAAGAAUUUGAUCAUCGGCUAUGUGGUGGCGCCCAAUCAGAACGAUAAGCUUCAAAUAUUGAAACUGAUUUCGGCGGUGCUUACAAUGGAUCAAAACGAAUGCAUCAAAAUUGGCUUGAAUCGAACCGGUGGCGGUUGGCUCAACAACAUACUUGGUAGUGGUGGUACACCCGUUACCGCCCACAACUAUAACAAGGAGAGCCUAACCGAAGCUUUUGUCAAGUUUCUUGAAAAAGAAUCCGCUCCUAGAUCAGCCAGUACCGCAAGUUCCGGUUUGCUCAACGUGAUGACCCACGAGCACCCGUCACAGUCCCAGACGAUGUCGUCGAGAACGACCACUCCAACUCAACAGCAGCAGCAGCAAGGGGUUGAUCAAAAUCUGAAUCCAAUGCUAGCAGUCACUCCUGCCCCAGUGCAACCAAUCCUGCUAGGGGAGUCAUCUAUGUUGCAACAGACAACCUUCCAGCCUCCGCGGAGCUCCAGUUCCAUACUGAAGGACAUACUCAGCGAUUCCUGAUUCGAGAUAUAAGUUCUCGUCCGGGUGGAAAGUAUUAGGGUACGUUUCCAAUGCACUAUCCAUGUUUUUAUGCCGCAUCGGUUGUACAUAAACUAAUUCAAAAUAUUCGUUCGAACAUGAUAAUUUCGACUGGUUUUCGUCGCAGUCAAUACUUGUUGAUAUUUUUAUAUGUUUGUGCAAUUAUUAUACCUAUAGGAUUAUCAGUAUCGCAUUAUUCGAGAUAUCCGAUGAUGACAUACAUACUUAUACUGAGUAGACGCAAUUGGAUGAUGAAAACAGCCAAGUAUACUUUAUUUUAUGUUUGGAUAUCUGAUCUAUAGCUCACCAGCCCGAUUAUAAAUCAGUCCUUAACGCUGUGUAUUCAA